GCCAUAUAUGUCGCCAUGACGACACACACACGCAUGCGUAUGUGUUUCUGUAGUUACUCGGACGCUGAAGUUCUCAGUUUCAGAAUGCCGCCCAAGAUAAGAAAGUCAUUAAAAAAGGGAGGAAAGCUGUCUAAAGCUCAGAAGUUGAAGCAGAAGCAAGAGGAGGAGGAGAGGAGGCUGCAAGAGGAAGAAGAAGCACGGCUGAAUGCAGAGAAAGAAGAACAAGAAACACUGGAAAGAGAGAAAAAGGAGAAGGAAAUGCUUGAAAGGCUUGAGUUAAAGGCCAGAGAGUGCAGAGAGAAUGAGCUGAACGAACUCCGCCAUCUGUUGGAGAACAAUCAUGCUGCAUUAACCAAGUGGAAAACUGAUAGUGCUGAGAAAACCAAGUAUGUUCCUUUUGUCCAGUGUGAGAGGUACAUGCGCUGUGAUGGCAUUCCAGACCCUUCAGGAAUAUUAACCCCGCAGGAUAUUAACACAUAUAUCAGCUUAUGGAGAGACGACCCAGAGGUCAACAUCACACCCAUGCUCAAGCAAUGUAGCAUCGCUCUAGAGCUGGUUGAGGAGCUGGAAGGUCUGCUCAGGGAUGUUAAAGAUCCUCAAGAGGGCCAGAAGUACCAGGAGGCUCUCAUAAAUUUACAGGAACUAAUCCAUUUUAAACACCAGCUCACCACAGAGGAUAUCCUUAAGGGAGCCAGUGCUAACAUUGACACUGAAACAGGCAACAUGCACACUGUGAUCAAAGAUGACAACAUUACACUGUGUCUCUGGGCCAAUCUCAAGAAGAAUCCAAGGUUUAAAGGUUUCAAAUUCAGCGAAGCUGGCAUGGGCUUUGAACUUCCCAAGCAGUUGGCUGAGAGCGACAUCGCUGUACGGAUCCUCCACACACGAUAUGACCACCUGUCCUUGCUGGCCAAAAUUAGUCAUCCAAGAAUAUACACACCUAGCUGCAGGCCUCUUGAAGGCACUGAUAAGAUUCCAACAGACAUAGAUUUACCUGAGCAGGGAGAGACAAAAGUAGAUGGAGAGGUGAAGGAAGACAGCGAGAUGCAGCAGAAGAUAGUGGAAGAGGAGGUGCAGUCCGGCCAAGGGUUAGAAGUUUGGAAGAGUGCAGCAAGUCUACAGUCGAGAAAAAACAGCCCCCACUCCCCAGAAGGCCGAGCGAGCCAGACGCAGAUAGAGAUAGAAACACUCAGAGCUGAGGGUGAGAUGACUUCUUCCUCAGAGCAGCUCACAGUUAUGGACUGCAGUGAACAAGUCCAGAUGGUGGACUUGAUGCAGUACACGCCUUUGGGUGGGAUCUUCUACUAUGAUUUGUUUCACCUCCCACCACAAGCCCACCAGGUCAAUGGCUGGAAAAUUAGACAGGUGUUGGAUACAGGACUACAAGUGUUUCCCUACCGCCCAGAGAAGUCCAACAUAGAUGACAACGGGGCUCUCAGUUGUCCUCCUGUUGGCGUGUCUGUGAUGCUGCCUGACUCUGUUGUCUUCUUGGAAACUCCUCAAGUGGCUUGCUGGGAUGCUGCAGGUAAGCAGUGGCGAAUAGACGGCAUCAGCGAUGUAACUUACAAGGAGGAAGAGGCUAAGAUCUCCUUCAAGAUGGCCUCCUUCCAAGCUUUUGCACUUAUGCAAGAAACAUAUGCCAACUUUCCCUUCCAGAGCUGGGAGCUCAGGCCACUGGGCCAAGACUCUGCAGUUUUCACUGUCAAUGGAGCACUCAUUGAUCUCAGCAUCAUCAUCCAGGGUAACCAGUGCAUGUUGCAGUUAGAGCAAGAAAAAGGUCUUUCUCACCUCAAAGGGAAGUGGAUGAACAGCCCUGCCCUACAGAGAGCCAUGCUCAAUGCUGGGCUCAACAUCUUUGUGAAUGAGUACACAGACAAAUAUGUCUGCAGCUACUGCAAGGACCCACUGGCAGAACACGCCGCCUACAAACAGAUGGCCCUUUUUGCCUCUGCCUGUGCUUUCUCAUGGAGCAAGUGGAAUGCCAAAUGUGGAGCUGAGCAUCUGGUCCUGCAGGUAUGUGAACAUCACAGCCCUGCCCCUGUGCCCAAGGGCUCAUGGAGUCUCUAUCUGCUGGGCACUCAGUGUAGUAAGAAGUUGGAAAUUACUGAGAAGAAUGAAGCUUUCUCUCCAGAUCAUUAUCCUGGCAGCAAGUUUCACUCCACCUUAAUCCACAUGCUCCAGGAUAACAUGAGCACUGAUGGCAUAUCUAGGACCAAAAAAUCCAAUUGUCUGUUCAUCAAUACAGUACAGAGUCUGCUCUGUGCCACGAGGCCCCUGAUGUAUUCAUAAACUAGUGACUUUAAAAAUAUGAAUCUGUAAUGUACAUUUGGAUGCACAUAAUAACAUACAUCUUCUAAUGUAGAACUAGUUACUUUAUUUUGUGCAAAGUUUCAUGCAUCUUUGGAACAUACAAAUGUGUUUGAAGUUGGUGAAUCACAGCAAUAACUUAAAAUGGAAAAUAAACCCUUUGGUGUUAAAAACAACUGUAGAAUUAUAACUGAAACAUUCACAUUUCCCCACUUGUCUAA